AUGACUCUAGCCAUGGCUGGAGGGACGUGGACAGGCCCUGGUUAUUGGUGCGCGGCGAAAGAUGAAGAGGCACCUUCUGAGCAGACCGUUUCUUUAGGAGUCUCCCAUGAUAGCAUUUCCAAGGCAGGUUCAUCAACCCAGAUGGCUCACCCUUGUGACAUUUGUGGCCCCAUCGUGAAAGACCUCUUACACCUGGAUGAACACCAGGAAAUAUGCCAAGGACUGAAACCUUACACCUGUGGGGCAUGUGGGAGACAGUUCUUGUUCAGUGCAAACUUUCACCAGCAUCAGAAGCAGUACAGUGUAGAGAAACCUGUCAGAAGAGACAGAGGCAAGACCUCAUCUGGGAAGAACUGUAGGGUUUGUGAAGAACCUCACCUGUCGGGAAAGCCCUUUCUGUGUGAGGAGCAGUGGAGCCUCCAAGCCAGUCUGGGCAGUCACCAGCGACAGGCCACCCACAGCAAGAAGAAGAGGAGGACUGGGAGCGGGGAGGCCUCUCACGGCGGACAGAUGCAGUACAGCUGCAGCGAAUGCGGGAAGGCCUUCAACCGCAAAGACACGCUUGUCCAGCACCAGAGAAUCCACACCGGAGAAAGGCCCUACGAGUGCAGCGAAUGCGGGAAGGCCUUCAGCCGCAAAGCCACACUUAUCCAGCACCAGAGAAUCCACACCGGAGAAAGGCCUUACGAAUGCAAAGAAUGUGGGAAAGCCUUUAGCCGCAAAGACAAUCUUACUCAGCACAAAAGAAUUCACACCGGAGAAAUGCCUUACAAGUGUAGCGAGUGUGGAAAAUACUUUAGCCAUCACUCCAACCUCAUCGUACACCAGAGAGUUCACAAUGGAGCGAGGCCUUAUAAGUGUAACAACUGUGGGAAAGUCUUCAGACACAAAUCCACACUUGUUCAGCAUGAGAGCAUCCAUACUGGAGAAAAUCCUUACGUUUGCAGUGAUUGUGGGAAAUCCUUUGGCCACAAGUACACCCUCAUUAAACACCAGAGAAUUCACACUGAGGCAAGGCCUUUUGAGUGCAUCGACUGUGGGAAAUUCUUUAGUAGAAGCUCUGACUUUAUUGCACACCAGAGAGUUCACACAGGGGAAAGGCCAUUUGUGUGCAGCAAAUGUGGGAAAGAUUUCAUCAGAACAUCCCACCUUGUUAGGCACCAAAAAGUUCACACUGGAGAAAGGCCAUACGAGUGCAACGAAUGUGGGAAAGCCUAUAGUUUAAGCUCCCACCUCAUUCGGCACCAGAAGGUUCACACUACAGGACGGCUUUAGGAGUGCUUUCAACACAACAGGACUUGUAUGGAGAGGGGCUUUGUGAUUGCCCUUGGAGAGGAAGACACCAGUCAGAUGUUGAACCUCAUGUAUCUGAACAUUAGCACUGGGGAGAG